AAUAUAUCUUUUUCGAUCACCAUCAGAAUAUUUCCCAGAUUUUGUGCUUACACAUUCAUUUUAAAAUCAUGGAAAUAAUAAUACUACACUCUAUCAGUAUUUAAUUAACUUCAAAAGUAUCCCUAAAAAAAACCAACUACUUUAGAAGAUAUUGCUUUAAUUAUCAUACAUAAAAAAAAUCUACUCAAAACUUACGCAAUAGUAUUCGGCCAUUAGUUAGUUUAACAAAUCUCAAUUCCUUCUCCCUCACUUUAAACCUCCUUAGAAUAUGGCAAUGGAGGGUGAACACAGUGGGAGUACUUCUCCGCCUACGCCGGCACUCGAGGUGUUAGAGGCUAACAACGAGCUGUCUCUUGUAGAGGGUAACACCUCUUUCUUCAAGACUUUCUUCAAUGGUGCCAACGCCAUCCUCGGAAAUGGUGUUUUGUUAGUUCCCUAUGCAUUAGCCUCGGGAGGUUGGUUGAGUUUAAUCCUGCUUUUCACCAUAUUCAUUUUCGUUACCUACACGGGCCUUCUAAUAAAGAGGUGCAUGGAGGCCGAUCAAAGCAUCAAACAUUAUUCGGACAUAGGGGAGCAUGCUUUUGGUAAAAUUGGUAAAGUUGUGGUCUCAAUAGUCUUAUAUGCAGACCUCUAUAUGGCCACCACAGGUUUCCUAAUCUUAGAAGGAGACAAUCUACAUAGUUUGUUCCCUAGGGUGGCAAUUCAUGCACUUGGGAUUUCAAUCGAUGGAAAAUCAAGUUUCAUUAUAAUCAUGGCGAUAAUUCUUCUCCCUACGGUGUUGUUGGACAACUUAAGUAUUUUUGCGUAUAUCUCUGCCACUGGUUGUGUAGCUAGUCUUUUGGUACUUGGAUCAAUUAUAUGGGUUGGAGCAUUAGAAGGUGUCGGAUUUCACCAAGCUCAAACUACAACACUUCUCAAUUGGAAAGGAAUACCAACGGCUAUUAGCUUAUACAUGUUGUGUUACACUUCACAUCCUAUUUUUCCUACUUUAUACACUUCCAUGCAAAAGAAGCAUCAUUUCUUUAAGGCCUUGUUGCUUUCCUUUGCCUUCUCCUCCUUCAUAUAUGUUUCGAUGGCAAUCUUAGGAUACUUGAUGUUUGGAUCAAGAGUCGAGUCACAAAUAACAUUGAACCUUCCAACACACAAAAUAGGCUCGAAAAUUGCUAUUUACGUCACUGUGAUCACUCCUCUUGUAAAAUACGCAUUACUAUUGAAACCGGUGGUUAUUACUACUGAAAGUUCGUUUCCAAGCAAAUACAUGAAGAAUGUGUUCUUCAAGAUUGUGAUUCGAGCAGUCUUGGUUGCUACGCAAGUUAUUGUAGCCUUGGCUCUUCCAUUCUUCGGUUACCUUAUGGCUCUUGCUGGAGCAGUACUAGGUGCCACGGGUUCCCUUACAAUUCCAUGCUUAUGCUACUUAAAGAUUUCAAGUAAUGCCAAGAUUAAUAGAAGAUUAGUGGAGAGUAUUUAUAUUUGGGUGAUUGUAUGUUCUAGUAUAUUGAUUCUAGUAUCGGGUACAUAUACCUCCUUAGUAAAUAUAGUACAUGAAAUCAUGCAUAAAUAGGUAAUUACUUUGUCUAGUUUAUGUUGUAAACAAUUUCAAUUUAUGAUAAGCAAAAAAAAAUUGAAGACCCAUGACAAACAUUUGAAUUUUAAGCUUAGCUUACUUCAUGCAUGUAUGUGGUUAUUGUAAUGUUUGCAGAAAGAGAAACAAAUUAAAGGGAUCAUUUUUAUAUUAAAUCAAAUUACUAAGUACUAACAUACGGGUUAAAGUACUCAAUUUUAAUUCUUUCAAAAAAAAAAAAACAAUUUAAAUCAAUUUCAAAAUUAAAGAGGGUGUAGAAUGUAGAUGGAGUCUUCCUACAUAAAAUUUGGUUUGGAACAAUAAUAAGCAAACCGUAAGUUUUUAAACUCUUAUAAGACAUUCUUAGAAAAAAAAAAACUACAAACGAGAAAUC